CAGGGUCAGGAGGACUCAAUGACACCACUACUGCACCAUGCUUAUUUUGUAUCCAUUCAUCAAAUUAGCUGUAUAUCGGUGUGAUAUAUAACUUGAUAGGCUGUUUAUCUAUAUUUACAUUACACUUGGAUUAAGUGUCUGUGUGGAGUGGGUACUAUAGGACUGCUUAUCUUGAGGUCUGUGAUGACUAUGGACAGUGCACUAUGCUGACUAGACGUCAAGGCUACCCAGAUUGGCUGCCAUGAUCAGCACAUCAAGCACUCGUCCGUUCCUGGCGGUUGCGCCUCGCAUUUCUCCAAACAUGGCCACAGACACAGAGGAGGACAGUGAGGAUGAAAUAGAUGAAACUUCUCCUGGCCCAGGGCGUCUGUUCAAUGUGAACAACAGUAACAACAAUGAGGAGGAGGAGAAGAAAAAGAAGAAAAAGGAGAAGAAAGAAAAGAAAGAGAAAAAAGAGAAAAAGAAAGAAAAGAAGAAGCACAAAGAGCAGGAGGAGAAAGAAAAGGAGGAAAAAGAAAAGGAGGAGAAAGAAAAGGAGGAGAAAGAAAAAAAGGAAAAAGAGGAAAAGGAGAAAAAGGAGAAAGAGAAAAAGGAGGGGCCCAAAGAAGUGUUUUUCAUCAAUCCAGCGGGCAGUCUGUACUACAACUGGCUGUUCAUUAUCACAAUACCAGUCAUGUACAAUUGGACCAUGAUAAUAGCCAGGGCCUGCUUUGAGGAGCUGCAGCAUAAUCACCUAGUCACCUGGAUGAUUCUGGACUACAUCUCUGAUGUCCUCUACCUGGCUGACAUGGCCUUCAGGACCAGGACAGCCUACCUGGAGCAAGGCCUGCUGGUCAAAGACAAGAAGCUGCUGUGGGAGCGUUAUAUCAGCAGCCUCCAGUUCAAGCUGGACGCCGUCUCCAUGCUGCCCACCGAUGUGUUUUACAUCUACCUGGGGAUCAACUACCCCGAGAUCCGCCUCAACAAGCUCCUCCGAAUCACGCGUAUGAUGGAGUUCUUCACCCGCACCGAGACCAAGACCAAUUACACCAACCUUUUCCGCAUCUCCAACCUGGUCAUGUACAUCAUCAUCAUCAUCCACUGGAACGCCUGCCUCUACUACUCCUUCUCUAAGUCCAUCGGCUUCGGCUCUGACCCCUGGGUCUACCCGGACCUGAAUGACCCAGAAGAGCCAGAGUUCGGCGAACUGGGGAGGAAGUACUCCUUCAGUCUCUACUGGUCCACGCUGACGCUGACCACCAUCGGCGAGACGCCAUCCCCGGAGCUGGACUCAGAGUUCUUCUUCCAUGUGCUGGACUUCCUUGUGGGUGUGCUUAUCUUCGCCACCCUGGUGGGCAACAUCAGCUCCAUGAUCUCCAACAUCAGCGCCGCGCGGGUCGAGUUUCAGGCACGCAUCGACAACAUCAAGCAGUACAUGCAGAAGUGGAAGGUGGACAAGGAACUGGAGCUGCGAGUCAUCACGUGGUUCGACUACCUGUGGACCAACGACAAGGCUCAGGACGAAAGGGAGACGCUGCGGUACCUGCCCGAUAAGCUCAGGGCCGAAAUUGCCAUUAACGUCCACCUGGAUACUCUCAAGAAGGUCCGCAUCUUCGCUGACUGUGAAGCGGGCCUGCUAAUUGAGCUGGUGCUCAAGUUGCAGCCCCAGGUCUUCAGUCCUGGCGACUACAUCUGUAAGAAGGGCGACAUCGGCCGUGAGAUGUAUAUUGUCAAGGAGGGCAAGCUGGCGGUGGUGGCUGAUGAUGGCGUCAAGCAGUUCUGCGUGCUGGGAGACGGCAGCUACUUUGGGGAGAUCAGUAUCCUAGCGAUAAAGGGUUCUAAGGCAGGGAACCGGAGGACGGCCAACAUCCGCAGCAUUGGCUACUCAGAUCUCUUCUGCCUGUCCAAGGAUGACCUGAUGGAGUCAUUGAACGAGUACCCGGAAGCCAAGGGCAUGCUGGAGGAGAAAGGUCGUCAGAUCUUGCUGAAGGACGGCCUGCUGGAACUGGACCCUUCCAAAAUUAUCCCCGAAACCACAGAAAUCGAGGAAAAGGUGAACCGCAUGUACAGCAACCUGGAGUUGAUGCAGACCAAGCUGAAGAAGCUGCUGGGAGACUACAGCAUCAGCCAGAGGGCCACGAGGGAACGCAUCGCUGAGAUAGAGCGGCUGACUGGAGAGGUUGUAGCCGAGGAGGACCUAGAUGAGGAGGAGAAGGAGGGAGGGGAGGAGGAGAAAAAAGAAGGGGAGGCAGAAGAGAAGAAGGAUGAGGAGAAGAAAGAGGAGGAGGAGAAGAAGUAGAGUUUUUGUGAGGAAAAAACAAACACUUUUUUGUGUGGUCUUAACACGAUUUGAGCUAACUGGAUAUAGACUAUUAGAAAAAUUAAAACUGCUUGAAUUGAAGUCUGCUUGAAUAUUGGUCAAAACAAAAGGCUAUUUUUGCUUGUUGAAGGGUUUUCAGCUUUUGGGAAAUCUAUGAUUAUUGAAACCUGAUGGAACAGACUUAUUACACUCUUUUUAUUAAGAUAAUUCAACUACUAGAGGGCACCAGAGGCCAUAAAACUACAUGUAUCACUUUCACACUGGUCUUUUUUCAAUGUUUGGACCCCAUGUGUAACGCACAAAUUGACCACAUGAAGAAAGUAUAUGAUAUGAAUUGGCAAACUGCCAGUCGGAAAGAAAUUACUGCCCAAGCUUGACUAUUGUGCUGUAGUUAACUCUCAAACUACUAUCAAUAUUUUUUAGCCCAAAGUUAGUUUAUUAAAUUCUUCAAAUGUUUCAUGACUUUGUCAAUCAAUGUUUUCUUAAUACAUCUACGUAUAUCAUUAGUUAGUGUUUCUUUAUCAAUAUGGACUUUAAAAAAAUGCUAGUAUUUUGGGGUAAUUUCGACCCCAGCCAAAAACAACUAAUUCCACCUAUAGUAAUUUGAUAGAUAGGACCUUGUUUGGAAUCUAGGUUUAUCUGUAGAUAUAAUAACAAGUUAUCAAUAACACCAGAGGUUGGAGGGGGACCUGUAUCAGUGAUUUUUACAGAUAGACAGAUCAUCUGCAGAGAUGUAGCUCCCCAUGUACUCACCUAAGAAUGUACUUUUCUAUACCACUGUCACGCCCUGACCGUAGAGAGCUUUUUAUGUCUCUAUUUAGUUAGGUCAGGGUGUGAUUUG